AUGGAAGCACGACAAGAAAAAUACUUACCCCAGGCGGGUUCCGGCGCUGAAAAUAGCGCUGGGGAAUCCCGCCCCCUGACAGUCUUGGCUGACAGGGGCUGCCCCUCGUAUUCUGGGGGGGGCGACGUUUUGCCAAAAUGUGAUAAGCCAUUUGCUAGGUCUGGGCUGCUUCAACGCACGCCACCUAAAACUUCGAAGCACGCACGAACAUUGACCGAAUCAGAACAAAAGGAGACAGAAGACGGAAUAUCUACUGGCGACGAAGGGCUGCAAUACAAACGACCACCUUACGUCAGUCCUCUUACUUUUUUCUCGCCAAUGGCAAGCACGCCUAGAAUAAGAGGAGAGUGGAAACGGAAAAAGUCACCAACGAGUAAGGAGACUGACACUUCUUCUGGAGGUGAAAAGGAACAAUUAGAAUGGGAUGAUGACUUAGGCACGGAAACUGAUUGGAAGGAAGUUAAAUCCAAAGGAAAGCGAGUUCGACAAAAGGAGAAAAAAUUGCCCUAUGCAACACAGAUGAAGGAAAAAAAUAAAGAGAACCCCAUUUCGAACAAGAAGAACAACAACGAGAAUGCUCAGGUACCAAAUCGGUCAGACAAACAGAAUAAAGAAAGUGAAAACCCAGGAGGUAGAAAACUAAGAGGGAAAAAACCUAUGGCAAAGCCCGAAGCACUUCUAGUAGAAGUCAAAAAUCGUGACUAUGCUAGUGUUCUAAAAGAAGUGAAGUUGGGACUAUCCCGAGAGGAAGUUGUUUUUACAAAGGUUAGAAAAACAAGAAAAGGCGACAUACUUCUUGAGCUGGAAGAUGCGAAAAAAGGAGGAGCCUCUCAAAUAAGGGAGAAAAUUGGAGAAAUAUGUCCUAAUUUAACAUUUAGGGCAUUAAAAGAGUCAGCUGAUGUGAUAAUACGGGGACUUGACGUCACCGUAGAAAAACAAGAAGUAGAGGAAGCACUACGACAGAAAGUGAAAGAGUUCCGCAUUAAGAGUUUCUGGGAGAAUAGCUACGAAGUGAAGACCGCUAUAAUAGAGUUGCCGACGGAGGAAGCCAAAAAACUAGCAGAAGAAAAAAAGAUCAAGAUUGGAUGGAUGAGGGUCUCAGUUGCGCUUGUAGUGCAUAAGAAGCGCUGCUUCAGGUGCCUCGAGUACGGACAUAUUUCAAUAGGCUGCCCAGGGUAUGAUCGAAGCAGAAUAUGCUAUAACUGUGGUACUGAAGGACAUAAGGCCAAAGACUGCAAGUACGAAAGGACAUGCGCUAUAUGCAAGGACAAGGAGCUGUCCAGCCUGGAAAGAACAUGUGCCUGGAAUACGAAACGUGAGGCCAAAAAACGGGGAGUAGAAGCUGGAAGUAGAGCGCUAGGCUCUGAUAUAAAGGUGUUACAAAUAAACCUCGACAGAACGCGAGUCGCCCAUGAUCUGUUAGCAGUGACAGCAAAAGAACAUAAAAUUGAUUUAGCUAUCAUAGCAGAACCGAAUAGAAAGAUACUGGAGGCCCGAGACUGGGUAACGGACUGUAGAGGAGAUGUAUCACUGGUCAUAUUCAACAACAGCAUCCAAACCAAGGUAGUAGCUCGAGGAAAUGGCUUUAUCGCGAUGAAAGUGUUUGAACUUACGGUAUAUAGUUGUUAUUUCUCGCCUAACAAUAGAUAUGAGGAGUUCGAAAAAGAUGUUAGUGAGCUAUUUGAAAGUAUUGAGUCACAGCGUGGGGAAAUAGUGGUGGCUGGAGACUUCAACGCGGCAUCGAACGUUUGGUCCACUAAAACCGAAAAUGCUAGGGGACGUCUUAUUAUGGAGCUUCUCGCGAGUGCAGACAUGAACAUAGUUAAUAGGGGGUUUUCGCCAACGUUUCAAAGAGGCAGUAAGAAUUCCACUCCAGACAUUACCUUUGUAAGCCCAGGCCUAACACACAAAAUAUCGGAAUGGCAAGUCCUUGAUGAAGAUAGCUUGAGUGGUCACAGAUAUAUAAAGUUCCAUAUACUCCAAAAGGAAUUGAAACCGACCACACCACGGCCAAUAGGAUGGAGACUUGACAAACUAGAUCAGCCGGUGUUUGAAUGUGUUCUGAAGGAACAAUAUAUUAAUACACCAGAUGAAUUAGUAGCUGCCACUAGAAAAGCUUGUGAUAAAGCGAUGCCAAAAAAGGGAUUACGGAAGAAAGCACCCGUUUAUUGGUGGAACGAAAAAAUUAGGGAGAUAAGAGAGAUCUGCACAAAGUGCCGUCGAAAAUAUACUCGGCAAAGGCGAAAAAAGGGUAAAAAUAACUUUGGUAUAGUUGAGAUGGACCAAACAGAAAAUAAACUAAGAGAAGAGUAUAAGUCUGCUUAA